GUGAUUUUGUGUUACAACUGUCUGCGUAACUGAAGUAUUAGUGGAAUUUAAAAUAUAUCUUUUGUCAACCCUAUUUAAUGCAAAUAAAGAUUAUUCUAUUCUAUUCUAUACGCUAUUUCGGUCAAGUGGACGUGAGAACUUACUUGUAGUGGUGACCAUCUCACAGAAGCUUAUCGAAAAGGCCAACUCGAUACAUUUCAAACAUUAGAAUGAGUCACACCGACUUCGAAUGGGAAAAAAAUCUAAAGAUUUGGCUGUAAAGGUGUUAUUCUCUUUGCCAUCCCUGAAAAGGGAGAAUCUUAAAAUAAAUGUUGGCAGACGGGUAACUGACAGUGACAUGCACAUGACAACCGUUGCGUUGUUUGUAUUGGUUUACGUGCGUGCUUUAAUUUUUAAUAAAAUUAAAAAGCAAGUUUAAUUGAAAAUACGAACUCCGAAGUACCAAAAAAAUAAUUGUGUGUAGUGUAAUAAUAUUGCUUGUCAAUUUUUCUUGUAUAAUUGAUUAUAAUGGCUGGGGUUUCAUAUCGGUGUAAGAAAAUUAAGCGCUGUAAUGAGUGAGACCGACGAUACCGAUGUUCUUUUACUUAUACCCCCUAAUUUCUUCCUUGUGAAUACCUCCAGCUCCGAGGAAUCGCUAUUAGAUUCAUCCCGGACUGUAGUCCAUAAGCCAUCGUGCACAGCGCAAGUGCUCGGCAAGCUUGUCGAUCAAGUCCACUCGCUAGAAUCAAGAUUGUCUAAUUUGGAAGUGAAUUCGACAGCUGAGUCCGUAUCGUCUUUCAGCACACUUCCAAGACAGAAACGUUCUGAUACAACGAACAGCUUCGACAGUCUCAGUGUUGACUGUAAGUAUUACACUUUCCCGCGCCGCCGAAGUCGCCGCAGAACUAACAAAAGGGAAAGAAAACGUGACCUUUCGCUGACAAGCCUGGACACGCCUUCAACAUCUACCAAAGAAAUUCCCCAUUUAAAAUUAACCCAGGGUUUUGAUGUAGCUUCAUUUAAAAAUUCAGAUUUCAAUGAUAACAGAAGUAUGGAUGGUGAUAUAAGCAGCAUAGUAUCAACACCAAGCAAAAAGAAUGAUAAAUUGCUUCUUCAUGAAAUAGAUGAAUUUUUAACUAAAGUUGAAGCUUAUGAGAGUCCCGAAUCAAAGUUUAGAGAUCAAAUGACCACUCUGAGCCCUGAAAAUGUAAUCAAAGCUACAGGUGAUUACAUAUCACACAAAUUGGAGCAGAGUAAUCUAGAUGAUGUUAAAUUACCAAGUGGAAGAAUAGUGUCCAGUAAUAUUUUGGAUAAGUAUAUUUAUUUGGUAAACAAUCAGCCUCAAAUAUCACAUCCUGAAAAAUCACAUCCACCAUCAAUUUCACAAAAGUCCAAUAUUGAAGAUACCUCUAGUAUGAGUUGUUCUGAUAUAAAAGAUCCACCUAUAUCAAAAUGUGAUAGUAAGUCCCCAAGUAUAAGAAAACUGAAUUUCUCUGAUACUAAGGAUGUGCAACCUACUUCGACCCCAAAAAGAUUGCCACCACAGAGGACCAGUAGCUUAGAUUCGUUCAGGCCAUCCUCUCACAAAAUAUAUGAUAGAGCAACUAAAGUCCUGGAACAUUACAAGUCACAGAAUUACAGUCGUACAGAACCAAACUCAAUGAUUAAUUCAAACUAUUUGAUAUCUCCUAAAAAGGAAGAAUUUAAGAUGCCACAAAUGAGACCUUAUAGAUAUGAUAAUAAAGAAAGUGCGAGUACUGCUUCAAUGCAAAAUAAGUUGAUAGAUUCAAUUGAUACUGACUUGCUAAGUUUAAGUGACCUUUGGGGAGAAAAGGGGGAGAAACUAGAGCGAGGUGAGAGUUUGAAGUUGGAAGAGGAACGGUUGAAAAGAGAGCAUUGUGAAGCCAUGAUACAGCAGCUACAAAAGAAGAUUCUGGAUCAACAAGAGAAACUAGCUGUAGCCUUAAAAGUGGAUCGGGCUAAAGACUCGGCCAUAGCUAAAUUAAAAGAAGCAUGGCUAAGGAUAACAAGUAGCCUUGACAAGGCAGAGGAGAGGCACCGCACAGCUCUGGAAAAAAUGGUUAGGGAGGUGGAGAAUUUCAAAUCUGGUGCAGAUGAAGCUCAAAAGAAAACUAAUCAUUUUGAAGCAGAGCUAUACAAAGCUUUAGACCUAGCACAUGACUAUCAGAAUAAAUGCAAACAGCUAACAGAAGAGAAGAAACAACUGGAAGAGGGAAUGGAGAAAGCACUGGCUAACCAGAGAGAAGUAAUAUCUAACAAAGAAAGAGAAAUUGAGAUGCUUAAAGAGAACUAUAAUACAGUAAUGAAAUUGAACAAGCAAUCUACUGAUUGUGUCAAAAAUUUAGAAGAUGCUUUGAACAAGGAGAAAACUGAACAUGAGCUUACUAACAGUAAGUCCAAUGAUUUAGGUCGUAAACUAGAGUCGCUGAAUGGGGAAGUUUCAUUGUUGCUUCAAGAAAGGGACCUCCUGAAAAAUAAAGUUAACGAGGAGAGGUCCAGAUCUAACAUACUUGAGCGGCAGCUGUGCGAGAAACAAAACCAGACUAGUGACCUUUUGAAGAAAUGUGAUACUUUGGACUAUGAAGUGAAAACGCUCCGCAAACAGUUGGAGGUACAGAAGAAUGAGCUCAAGGUGCACUACCAGAAACAGCUGGAAGAAGCCGUGCUGGCAAAAUUGCAGGAGUUCCAGCAGCAGCUGGACCACGCAGAGAAGGAGCUGGAACACGAAGCCAGAACGAAAGAAGACGCGAUCGUUGAUAAUUUCAAUAAACAGAUCGCUAGGAUUGAAGAGCAACAUAAACUGGAAGUGAAUGUACUGGAAGAGAAACAGAAGGAAGAGAUAAAUCUAUACAGGCUGCAGCUCGCACAAGUCAACGAGAAAGUUGGACUACUUGAGAACAAGCUGGAAUCCUAUCGCCGUAGACGCGGUCAAAUCGCCAGCCAACUGCACGGCGUUAUGGAAGCUCAGUGGAGGCAGGCGUUACUGAUACUCACUAACGGACACCACGCCUCUUCACUCGACCUCACCAGGCCGGACAGCGAGAAUUUGCCGGCAACGUCGACGCCAGUGGGGCAAGAUUACGCGCCGCCUAAACUUCCAGCGUCGAUUCCGGCAUUGGAUCGUCGAUCGCGCCCUUCACAAUCGCACAAUUCUUUCAACUUCGAAGCUCUCAGCGACAACGAACUGCAGCACUACGUCAAACUGUUGUUAUCGAAGCCCCCGGGCGUCGAAGGCGGUGGGGACUGCGCCCCCGCAGAAGAACCCACCAGUGACAGGCCGCAGCGGAAACGGUCGAUCAACACCUCCAAGCCGCCAUGGAAGGCCUAACGAUAGUUUGCAAUCGUCGCUAUUGCGGUACUAACUCAAUGGCCCUUAUGCCCCCUUAUUAAUAAACGAAGACUACGCUUGGAUUAGUUACUCCAUGUUUUGUCUCUGUCUAUUGAAUGACAAAUGGCAUUUGAGUGUCAUGUACAAAAGACGGCGUAACUAGUCUAAGCUUAUUCCUUGUUUAUUAAUAAGGGGGUAAGAGUCAGCGAAAGUCACGGAGUACUAAACGAAAUGUAAUACUUCUAUAUAUUCAACUUCCGUUGAGACAAAAGGUUAACAAACCAUAAAAAGGUGCUCAAUAGGUCGCAUUUUAUAUGCGUUUAAAAAUCAUAAUUUAUAUAAAUUAAAAGCGCAAGUGGUUAAUAUACAACUUUAUAGCGUUGUAGAUCCUAAACAAAAAAAAAGGAAAAAUGAUGUUAGGAACCUAAGCAUGAUUUUCGAUUAUCUAGACAGUGAUACCCCACUCGACUUAUUUUUUUUACUUCGUCACAAAAUGGCGCCUAUUUUUCCCCAUUUUUUUUUUACUAUCAUACUAUUUUCUAGUAAAACUUUUCUUUAGGUUUAAACAUCUAGCAGUUAAACGCUUAAAAAUAAAUAAAAACAUUAUUAUCAUAUCUUUAGUAGCACUCCCAUGAUUGAGACGAAUCGAUUGAUGUAUGAAUCUUCAAAAACGGUCCAGGCGUUUGGUCUCUAGUGUGCCACAAAGGAACAAACAUACAUAUAUAGACUGUUAAACACCAUACCCUGUCUGCGCGUCGCGCUUCGCGCUCUUGCAUUGUGCUGUCGGGUACAAAGGGGACACUAGAAACACCUAAAACUGUAGCUAUUCCCAAACUUUCAAUUAAUGUAAUAUUACUAAAGGAGAUUGCUCAAACGCGCAAAAAAUAUUGACAUACACGGUAAUUCUUGGCGUAAUUUAUAAUUAAAUUUACAGUCAUUAGAUUUCAACGGACACCUUUGUAUAAUAUAUUUACUUUAAAAAGGACUUUUAAUUUUACCGGUUUGAAAAACAUACGAAUCAUUUUUAAUGUAUGGGUGUAGUAACAUUCAGGCAAAGACUGAUCGAAGUUGUUUAUAUAACAUAAAAACAAAUCUAUUUUGUAAAGAUCAAUAAAAUAAAUCAUUUUUUUUAUUACACUAUACCAUAGUGUAAUUUAUUUAAUAAAUAAUUUUAAUUAAUAUCCACAACUAUAUUAUCGUUUACACACAUGCAAAUGUGCUCAGACAAUUAUUAUAGAUGGUAGGCGACAUCAUAAAGUCUAUUGCCAUACAAUUUUCGCCAAACACCUCCAUAAAUACAUUAUAAUCUGUAUAUAUGUUAGACUUUAAGGUAUUAAGGUAUCUAUGGGCCUACGUUGCCUAAAUUAAUAAAUAAAUAAAAUUAUAAGGUGUGAUACACUAAAAAUCUAAAAUAUGGUUAUAUUAAAAACAUAACAAAAAUAAUGAAGCUACUGAAUAUAUGGCUAUAUAAUCUAAAUCUCUUAGCUUUCUUUGGUUAACGAGAGUUUAAAAAUUCUUUCUAAUCUGUGGCUCAUUCACAAUCAUCACACAGUUUCUGUCACAGAGUACCUUAUUAUAACCAGAAAUGCAUAGAUGACACCUGAUUUUUUAAGUUAGUCUUAUGCAUUAACUUUAAAAACAGGCAACUAUCUGUUAAUCUACAUGCUCUAUAUAUCUGAAUCUAAUCCAUAAUUUCGGUACUUGGCUUGAUUUCUCUAGUUUACUAUAUAACUUUUUUGUUUUUUAUUAUUUUAAUAUGUUCAGUGUAUAUGGUUUAUAGAAGUUCUCAGGGGUGUCCGUCAAUAAUAUUCGUUUCUACAGUAAUUUACAUAUAAUUUCGAAUCUAGGAAACAAUUUUUCAUGAUUAUUGGUCUUUAGGCCAAACAUGUAUGGAAGCUGAGCAAUCUCCUUUUAUUAUUAAAUUUUAAUUAUUAUUAUUAAAUUGAAUAGUGGUGAUAACGCAAAUCAUUUGUUUCUUUGGUUGUUGUUGUCUGGUUGCACCGGCCAUACUACUACUCUCCAUAAAAAAGUUUAAGAAACAUGGAUUUAUUAUUGUUAACCUUUUAUCUCGGAGGAAGUUGAAUAGAGGCAAUAGAGCUAACCUAAAAGUCGUGUCUCAGUUGUAUUUCAAUAUUGGUGUCGAUUCUAGCAUGAUUCUCUAAACCUAAACUUAAAUUUGACAGCAGUAUAUCCUUGUCAUUCUCUUUAUAGAAUGAAAAGGAGAGACUGAUGUUAAAUUUAGUUUUAAGUUUAGAGAAUCACACCAGAAUCAACACCACUAUUGAUUUUGGACACAGAUCCCGUAACUUAAACAUAAAAUAACAAUAAAUGCAUAUAGAUAACAAGGUGAGGUUGGUUGGUGUGGCAGUUUAUAACUGCUGUACCAGCUAUCUUUGCGUUUGGACUUUAUCACCACUUAACAUCAAGUGUGGUAGAGUCAUUUGCCUACCUGGCUAUAUUAAAAAAAAUAACCAACAAAUAUGUAAGCAAAUAAGUUUGUUAUUUCGUGUUUUAGUAACAAGAACUGUAUUAAAAAUCACAACCAUUGGAAUGUCGUUGAUACACGAUUAUUACUUUUUCUUAGCAGAAUACGUAUACUGGGAAGGCCUAACGAGCACUUGCAAUCAUAUGUAUUGCGAUACUAACUCAAUGGCGAAUAGCCUGCGCCUUGGCUAUUCGUGUUCGCUAUUUGUCAACUUGACAUCAGUAUGUUCUUUUCUUAACUUAUAAAGCAUGUUAAGGACAGAAUGUUGUCAAGUUUGCAAUACAAAUAGCUAAGGGAAUAAGACUUAAUGUUUUGUACAAUUAUACCUUAACAUUUAUUCAGUGUACAAUAAAAAGUAGCCAGCAGAGUAUUUAAAUGGCCAUGCAAUGACCUGUUCCCACCUUAAAUAUAUUUCAUUUUAUUAAUUUAUUAUUUAAAUAGAAUACUCAUUUUUUAUAUUGUAAAAAAGUUCUAGGUGCUAGUUUGCCUUAAAUAUUGUCCAAAGUGUGUUUUUGUAUUGAAUGUUUUGUGUAUAAUAUUGUGAUGUUACAUAAUGAAAUAAGAUUAGACAUUCCCUAUAGAUCGCAC